GGUGUGGUACAUCCGGUCUGACUGAGAGCCUGGCGGUGGAUUCGGGUGGACUGGGUGGAAGGCAGGCUGUCGCAGUUCGGCUCGGAACGCAUUUCGGAAGCAGCCUCGCGGAAGAAGGAAGUGCAGCCAUGGCGCAGGGACUCAAAGACAGAUUCAACAAGUUCCUCCAUGAGAAGAACGUCAUGACGGACGGGCUGGCGAAGGUCGAGGCCAGAACCGGAGUCAGCAGGACCUACAUCGCUCUGGCUGUGGUCGUCGUCAUCGCAGUGUACCUGGUCAUCGGCUACGGAGCCUCCCUGCUGUGUAACCUCAUCGGCUUCCUGUACCCGGCAUACAUCUCGAUUAAGGCCAUCGAGAGUGCCACCAAAGACGACGACACCAAAUGGCUGACCUACUGGGUGGUGUACGGAGUCUUUAGCGUGGCUGAGUUUUUUGCUGAUAUCUUCCUCUCCUGGUUCCCGUUCUACUACAUGGGAAAGGGCGCCUUCUUGGUGUGGUGCAUGGCUCCGACUCCCGCCAACGGCUCCGUCCUGAUUUAUAACCGCGUCAUCAGACCCUUCUUCCUCAAGAACGAAGCCAAGAUUGACGACGCGGUGAAGAACCUGAAGGACAAGGCAUCGGAAGCUGCCGACAAGUUCAAAGACGAGGCCAAGAGAGCCACAGCGAACAUCAUUUUUGAGGAGAAGAAGAGCACCUAAGGCGGAGGCUUCCUGUCCCCGGCGUCUCUGGAGCGACUGUUGCAGAGAGAAAUGUUGCCUUGAAAAUGUCUGUCCGUUUUUUUAGAGAUCUUGUUCAGUAUGCAAUCUUAAUCUUCAGCCACCCUGCAUUAGAUGUUCUGUGUGUCCCGUGUAUCACGUGAAGCCAUUUCCCAGCUCCAUUAUCUUAUUUAACUUUGCCGUGUUGGAUGGCGUUCCCCGAUGCGCUUUAGGAACCAAAUAAACACCAACUGAACUUUC